GGUUUCGGAGCCAGGUACGGAGCCAAGCAGUCAGACAGAAGCAAAAAUUGACGCAGCACCGGGAACAGCUGCUAGUGGAGAGGGGGAUGGGCGCCGCCGGAGCCGCCCUCGCCUCCUGGCGCCGGGGGCGGGACCAGAGCACGCACGGCGCGCUGACGCAGUGCCCGAGCCGGCCUCGUUCUGGGUGCCGCCGUCUCGCUGAGGCGGAGUAGGAUGAGGCCCGCGGCCGUGGCUCCGGCGUCGGCGGGGGCAGCAGCAGCUGAGGCAGCAGCUGAGGCAGCCGCGACGGCCGCGCCCCCCCCCGCUGACCUGGAUUAGGCCCAGCAGCUCCGUGGCCGCCGCCGCCCCGCGGGGGGGCGGGGUGGGGAAGUGCUUCGUCUCCCCGCCCCCCCCCCCCCAUCGCUGCCUCGCAGGAGGCGAACGCCGCGACCCCAGCGGAGCCCGCGGCCCAGCCUUGAUCCCCCACCCCCGGGGGCUGGCAUGAGCGGCCCCUCGGCGGCACCGUGGGGCGGUGGAGUCGCCUCCGCCUGAUCCCCGGCCUGCCGCCCAACCCCACCUCGCCAACCGAGGCGGACCGCGGAGUGUGCGAACGACCCCACCGCUGCUUUCUCCUCCCCCAGAUCGCGCACCCCAACUCCGGAAGAUGGGGAACUGCCUCAAAUCCCCCACCUCGGAUGACAUAUCCCUGCUUCACGAGUCUCAGUCCGACCGGGCUAGCUUUGGCGAGGGGACGGAGCCGGAUCAGGAGCCGCCGCCGCCAUAUCAGGAACAAGUUCCAGUUCCAGUCUACCACCCAACACCUAGCCAGACUCGGCUAGCAACUCAGCUGACUGAAGAGGAACAAAUUAGGAUAGCUCAAAGAAUAGGUCUUAUACAACAUCUGCCUAAAGGAGUUUAUGACCCUGGAAGAGAUGGAUCAGAAAAAAAGAUCCGGGAGUGUGUGAUCUGUAUGAUGGACUUUGUUUAUGGGGACCCAAUUCGAUUUCUGCCGUGCAUGCACAUCUAUCACCUGGACUGUAUAGAUGACUGGUUGAUGAGAUCCUUCACGUGCCCCUCCUGCAUGGAGCCAGUUGAUGCAGCACUGCUUUCAUCCUAUGAGACUAAUUGAGCCAGGGUCUCUUAUCUGACUUCAAGUGAACCACCAUUUUGGUGGUUUUGAUCUUUUGUCACUGAGCCCAAAGAGCCAGGGAUUAGGAAUUAAGAUCGUGCACAAAAGUUUCCUUAAGAUUCCUGGAUGGCUGCAGAUGUUGGGGGAAAAAGUACGUGAUAUUUUAGAAACUUAGUGGGAAAAGUAGGAUGGUAUUUUUAUGUAAAGCCUUGACCCAAUGUUUAAAAAUAUAAUUGUAUUUAGAUCUUGUUAUUGCUGCAGUACAUAGGAAUUGUGUAAAGUGUUAACAGCAGCUGUAUUUGUUUAAAUUGUGUGUAUUGAAGAUUAGGAAAAAGAUAGUAGUUAUUUUUCCUAAAUGAAAUAACUUUCUUCUCUUCCCCUUCCCCACCCGAAUUCUUUUCUGAAGUUGCUGGCAUUUGGGUCAAGGUUUUAUUAAAAGCUACAUUUUAUAACACUGGCACACACAAAAAAGUAGUUUUAAGCUUGUUUGCACAGUUCUUUUUUUCCAUUGGAAAUGGAAUUCAUUGCCUUAGGUCUUUUUAAAUAGUGUAUUAUUAUCGUUGGGGCUGGCUCUAUGCUUGAAAACCAGUUUAUUUAUAACCUGUUAUAAGUGCUAUAUUCUGUUUGCAGUUAGGAAAUGCAGAAUUCAUAGUGAUCUCCUAGCUUGUAAGCAAACUGAGAUGCACUAUCCCUUUUCUAUAAAAAAUAAGUUAAUGUGUCAAGAAACCAACUCUAUUAAGGUGGGGUUUAAUAUUACCCUUUCCUAUGUGUUUUAUCUAAUUAUUUUGGUUGUUAAUAUGGUGAUAAUGGAAAGUCAAGUUAAAUUUUAAAUAUUAAGAAUUCUGAUUUAUUGAGAUUGAAUUAUGCCACCACGUUUAUGUAAAAAUGAAGGUGGCACCGUGGUGAGACCUAAUGAGAAAUAGUUACUCAGUUGUAAAAAUUUUGAUUUAUUCUCUUUCUUCUGACCUCCUUGCCUCUUGUCUUGAACCAUAGCAAAAGGAUACUGCAUCUCUCAUUACUGUAGUGCUGAGGUUAUUGAAGUUAUAUAAAACACAUCUCAGUCUCUGUUUCUUGGAAAGGUAUCUAUUACAUCCUGCUGGCUGACUGACAAAACUAAGCAGGGAGAAUAAAGAUAAUUGUAUUUUAUGUUUUGCACACAAACGCAGAAUUUGUAUAACCGUAUGACUUCAUAGUUGUGAUCUCAAAAAAGAAGGAAUUUCUCCUUUGUUUCUUGCAGUUAAUGUAAGAAUACUUUAAAUCUCUAAGCUUCUGAAGUGUUAGAGGUAGAGAUGGUCUAGUAAAGAUGUAGUAGUAAUGUUUUAUCCAUUUAGCAUGUGUUUAUUUUUUCAUAUGUACUCAAAGGUGACUUAUUGGUUCACCUCAGCGAUAUUACAGCUAAAAAAAAUCAUUCAUUAGCAAAAGGAAAAGUGGUCUCAACCUAACAUCAGAAGUGUUUCUUAUUAUCAUUUUAUAUUGAGUUGAAUAUUGAACUCUAACACUUUUCUACAUACAAAACACAGUGUCAUGAAGGUUAUUCGUAAUUGCAUUAUAGAGGAAUGUAGUAUGUCAUAAGUACUUUGUAAAGAUUUGACAUUCAACUGUAGUAUCCAUAUGUUGCUUAAAUUUCCUUAUGAGCCCCAUGAUGGAAAGACUUAAAGAUGAAUUUGAGAAAAAUUGAAAGAAAUUAGAUUAUCAGGUUCUGUUAAAUUGUUACAUGUAUCUUGCUUAAAUUUGUUUAUUAAUUUAUAUCCACCCAAUUACAUAAAGCAAAUUUGGAGGAAACAA